AUGAAUGGGUACCAGUUUACUUGGGAAAAAGGAAAAGGGACGGUGAACUGGAUUGAGGAAAGACUGGAUAAGGUACUAGCUACGGAGAGUUGGUGUGGUGUUGUGCGUGGGGCUAGUGUGACUAAUUUUUUGACAAGGGAAUCAGACCACUCUGCCUUAUUCCUAGGGAUCCAUGACCAUAGUAGACAAGGAGGUAGAAGAAAAAGGGGUUUCCAUUUUGAGAUGGCAUGGCUGCAUGAUGAGGGAUGCAGAGGGGUGGUGGAAACGGCGUGGGAAGAUGGGAGAAAUAUGGGCUUUCAGGAUUGUAUUCUUUAUUGUGGAGAUCGUUUGUCGAGGUGGGGCGAUGAUCGUUUUCAUAAGUUUGGAGAACAGAUCAUGAAUCUACGCAAAGAGCAGUUGCACAUCAGAGGACUCACUGACACAGCCUCAUUAGCUGAGUUCCAACACUUGGAGACGAAAUUGAGUAGUAUGGAAGCUCAAGAGGAUGUUUACUGGAGACAGAGAGCCAAGCAGCACUGCUUAAGAACGCCGAUGCCAACACAAAGUUCUAUGACAGGUAUGCCUCUCACCGUAGAAAAGAGAAUAGUUUAUCUAGACUUAUGA